AUGCCAGAUUCCCCUCAGCAACUCUACCUCCGCGCUGCCUGCUGCCUUGCCUACUCUGCCCUGCUCUAUUGUGGAGAAUUCACGACACACGAAGGUACCCACUGGGGCUUUGGCACCGAAACCGGCCUCACAGCCGGUUCCAUCAGAUUACUCCCCGAUGCCACUAACCUGACUCAUGCAACAAUCUUUCUCCCUGGCUCCAAAACCGACCCCUUCUGCAAAGAAACUACCAUCAUGGUCGCCGCUGCUCCUCCUGGCUCCGCAACCUGUCCGGUGGUCGCACUCAAAGCCCUCUUUGAGGCAGAACCCCGGCCAGAGACCGCCGUGUUGUUUGAAGAAUGUCCCGGCAUGCCGCUCUCUCACGGCUUCUUCCUCAAGUCGAUCCGGGCUGCUCUUCUCUACGCGGGGUACAAUCCCUUGGAAUUUGCUGGCCACAGCUUCCAACAUAGCAUCGCCUCCUCCGCAGCAGUUGCCAGCUAUUCAGACUAUGAGAUACAACUUUUGGGCUGGUGGCGCAGCAAUGCCUUCAAGCUCUACCUAGAGCCAUCUGCUUUCGACCCUCCGGGUCUGCACGGCCUUCCUAUCAUGGCUUGA